AUAAUUGUUAGCCAGUGCGGUAGCAUGUUUCACGAAACAACAAAACUUUACGAUAUCCCAUUAAAUCACCUGGAUUUUGCAUACAUAACAAAUUGCAAUAAACUAAAGGAAUUAGAGAAAAUCUUAAAGGUACUUCGUUCUGGAAGUGAAGGUAGAUACCCUGAGUUAGAAAGACAUUGUGAAGAGAAGUUACGUUCACUGGAUCCCGAAAAUCGCCUCCUACGAAAGCCGGGAUUAUUACUAAGCCCCUAUCACUUACCGCCCGAAGAAAGAGAAGAGCUUGAGUAUGGUCUUCACGAAUGGCUUGAAGAAACAAAGAAGCAGGAGAGGUUGUUCACAAAUGCAGGCAGAAGUUCAAACAUGGAUGAAGAUAAGGAAGAUCCACUUGUUCCUGGAGUUAGACAAUUGGGUGCAAUCAAUCCAGAUACCGGCAAGGGCACACGGGUUCAAUCAUCCAAAAUGAAGUCAACAAAGUUAAAAACUUAUGAAGAAUGGGAUAAAUUAGGAAAAGACAUUGAAAGGGAAUUUGAAUUGGAAGUGGGCAAAGAGGAGGUGACUAAUGGCGGAAAUGACAGCGAGGUAAAGAGGACAAUUCCUGAAAAAUCGAAUCCUAAUCUCGAAGGUCUUCAAGAACGUGCCAGAAGUAUGCCGAAUUACAUUCGAAAAAUUAAUGCUCAACGUGAGAAGGAAAAGGGUAAUGAGGCAUUGAUUGCUGGCGAUUAUACAGAGGCUAUGAAGUACUAUGAAAGAAGUUUAAUUUACAAACCCACUACAGCUGUAUACAAUAACAGAGCUCUACUAUAUUUGAAGCUGAAGAAGUGGCGUCUUGCUGUGGAUGAUAGCAGUCCUUUGAUGCGUAGAGCUCAAGCGUACUAUGAAUUACACAGCUUGAAAAAAGCUCAAAGAGACCUCGAAGUUGUUUUGGAAAUGGAACCGGAAAACCUGAGAGCAAAGAAAUUGCUCAAAGUUGUGAAAGAAGAUCAUGAGAGUCGUCAGAGCUGUCAGCUCAAAGGUGGGCGUAGAAUGGUCAUCGAAGAGGUGGAUGAAGAUUCCUCUGAUGAAGAUCGAGAUGAAGGCAAUGGCGAUGGGGAGUAUGAAACAAAUGCUAAAACUGCGCCAAUGAACUCAGGACUUAUCCAAAUGCCUCCACCAAUUAAACGCGGUGUUGAGAUUGAGGAAAUUUUUGAUGACGGUUCAAAGGCUGAGGAUUCAAUUCCUUUGAAUAAGGACUACACUAAGAAAGACGAAACCAAAAUGCCUCCAAUUAGACGUGGCGUUGAGAUAGAAGAGGCUUUCGAUGAUGUUUCAAAGACGCAAAAACCAAUAGUCAACUUCUCCAACUCUGAUGAUAACAAACGGAGGUACUCUGAACUUAUUGAGGAACUUCGAAAUUUGGAGACAUCAAGAUUGCAAGCAGCUCUUGAUGCCAAACUUGACGUGAAACUACUAGAGGAAUACAUAUUUGCUCUACAGGAAAUCGGUAUGCCAAGGGGUGAUUGCAAAUUCGUACACAAGUCGUUGGAAGUAAUCAGCCAAAGUUCCAGAUUUACUGUCGCAGCUAUGCUGUUCAGCGAUUCCGCCAUUAAGGCCACAGAAAAUAUCUUCAACCAACUACGCACAACGUCCAUAGAUCCCAGCAGUCUUGAUGAACUUCAAAGCCGAUUUUUAAACUGUUAG